CUAGUCCUGACAUGUUUCAGAGUGCUACUCAACCAAUGGACAACAUGGAAAGACCACUGUUUGAAAAAGCAUAGCUGAUUAUGGAUCCAGGUGGUGGAAGCCUUGGGUUGCAGACGCAAGAUUCCAGAAUGCCUCACACUAUGAUUAUGCAGGAUUUUGUGGCUGGAAUGGCUGGCACUGCUCAUAUUGAUGGAGACCAUAUUGUUGUAUCAGUCCCUGAAGCUGUACUAGUUUCUGAUGUAGUCACGGAUGAUGGAAUAACUCUUGAUCAUGGCUUAGCAGCUGAAGUUGUUCAAGGACCUGAUAUCAUCACUGAAACAGAUGUUGUAACAGAAGGUGUAAUUGUUCCUGACUCUGUGUUGGAAGCUGAUGUUGCUAUUGAAGAAGCUUUAGAUACCAGUGAUCAUGUUUUGACUUCUGAUCUAAUAACAGAAACUGUUAGAGUUCCUGAUCAGGUUUUUGUGGCUGACCUUGUUACGGGUCCUGAUGGACAUUUGGAACAUGUAGUACAAGACACUGUGUCAGGAGCUGAUUCUCCCACAAUGGUGUCAGAAGAAGUUCUUGUAACUAACUCAGAUACAGAAGCUGUGAUUCAAGCGGCCAGUACUGUUCCUGGUUCUACAGUUACUAUAAAAACUGAAGAUGACGAUGAUGGCAAGAGCACAUCUGAAGACUACUUAAUGAUAUCUUUGGAUGAUGUUGGAGAAAAAUUGGACCAUAUUGGAAGCACACCCUUAAAAAUCAGCACUGAGGUUUCAAAUGAUGAUGUUGCUAAAGAUGAUGGUUUUGGUUCAGAAGUUAUAAAAGUAUAUAUAUUUAAAGCAGAAGCUGAGGAUGAUGUUGAAAUAGGUGGGACAGAAAUUGUCACAGAGAGUGACUUUCACAAUGGACAUUCUGUAGCUGGAGUAAUCGAGCAGGGAGGUGUUGGUAGAAUGCAACGAGAGAAGAUGGUUUACAUGGCUGUAAAGGACUCUUCUCAGGAAGAUGAAGAUAUUAGCUGUGCUGAAAUAGCAGAUGAAGUGUAUAUGGAGGUUAUUGUAGGUGAAGAGGAAGCAACAUCACUUCCUGACACACAGCUUGAAGAGUCUGGUGUGAAUAAAACCUUUGUUCCUGUUGCUUGGGCUGCUGCUUAUGGAGAUGAAAGACGGCUGCCAAGGAGGUAUGAAGAUGGACAAGCAACAGGAAAUAACUUGGAUGCAAGGUUAGAAAACAAAAAUGGUAAUGCAACACAGUACCUGCAGAUCUGUGAUAGCAUUAGCACAAAUAGAGUGCUUAAACAAAAAAUCAAGAGAAGGAGGAGGGGAGAAGCCAGGCAGUUUCAAACAGCUGUUAUAAUAGGUCCUGAUGGACAGCCUUUAACAGUUUAUCCAUGUCACAUAUGUGGAAAAAAAUUUAAAUCCAGAGGAUUCUUGAAAAGGCAUAUGAAGAACCAUCCAGAUCAUAUGAUUAAGAAGAAAUAUCAGUGUACAGACUGUGACUUUACAACUAACAAGAAAGUUAGUUUCCACAAUCAUCUGGAAAGCCAUAAACUCAUAAACAAAGUUGACAAAUCCCAUGAGUUUACAGAAUAUACAAGAAGAUACAGAGAGGCCAGCCCAUUGAGCUCUAAUAAAUUAAUAUUGAGGGACAAGGAGCCUAAGAUACACAAGUGCAAAUAUUGUGACUAUGAGACUGCAGAGCAGGGAUUGCUCAACAGACAUCUGCUAGCAGUUCACAGCAAGAACUUCCCCCAUGUUUGUGUUGAGUGUGGGAAAGGAUUCCGUCAUCCCUCUGAGCUUAAAAAGCAUAUGAGGACCCACACAGGGGAAAAGCCAUAUCAGUGUCAGCACUGUGUCUUCCGAUGUGCUGAUCAGUCCAAUCUGAAAACACACAUCAAAACUAAACAUGGGACAGACUUACCAUUCAAGUGUGAGCACUGUCCCCAGGCAUUUGCAGAUGAAAAAGAACUUCAGGAGCACACAGAGUUGUUUCAAGGACAUAAGACUCAUCAGUGCCCACAUUGUGACCAUAAGAGUACAAACUCAAGUGACUUGAAACGGCACAUUAUUUCAGUUCACACAAAGGACUUUCCCCAUAAAUGUGAGGUGUGUGAAAAAGGCUUUCAUCGUCCAUCUGAGCUCAAAAAACAUAGUGAAACCCACAAAGGUAAAAAGAUACAUCAGUGUAGACACUGUGACUUUAAAACUUCAGAUCCUUUUGUACUUAGUGGGCAUAUCCUCUCAGUUCACACCAAGGACCUCCCUUUUAAAUGCAAAAGGUGCAAAAGAGGAUUUAGGCAGCAAAUUGAACUUAAGAAGCACAUGAAGACCCACAGUGGAAGAAAAGUUUAUCAGUGCCAGUAUUGUGAAUAUAGCACCACGGAUGCAUCGGGCUUCAAGCGACAUGUAAUAUCAAUACACACAAAAGACUAUCCACACAGGUGUGAAUACUGCAAAAAGGGAUUCCGUAGACCAUCAGAAAAAAAUCAACAUAUAAUGAGGCACCACAAAGAGGCCAUAAUGUAAUAUAUCAUCUUGAGAAGGAAGAAAUUUAAAAACUGAUAUGCUAAUUGGGGAAAAAAAUCUCAUGAACUGUUUCUCCUGGUUUCAAAGCUUGAUAUUAAAUCAUAACUUUACAUUCUUUGUAUUAAAAGUCUUAAAAGUAUUAGGGUUGACAGGGGAUCUCAUAGCCCUAUGAUUGUUGCUUAUCAGAACCUAAAGAGCACUAUAGAAUGCAGAAGGGUGGAUGAAUGUCUGAAAGGUUACAGGAUGGUUGCAGAAUGUCUUCUAUUUACUAGUAUUAUAUGUUAAGCUGUAGAAGACAAAAUGAAGAUGAUUGUGUUACCUACCCUUUUUGUCAAUAACAGCAUUUGUCUCCAACAUGCAAACAAUUCAGACUGGUGGGAUUAUUACAAACUGUUUGCUAAGGCAACCAAGUCUAACUUAUGCAUUUUUGAAAAGAAAAAAAUAUAAAUCAAUCACAUGGUCAUAAUGUUUUUAAAUUGUGCCUGGGAAUUGUAUUCCAGAUUUGGUCAAUUUGGGGGUUUUGUCCCAUUUUUUAACAUUUCAUUGGGGAACCUUUUUGUUUCCUUCAUUAGUUUAGGUUCAAUGAGUAAUUUUUUAAAACAAUUUUCAGAGCUGCUAACCUAUUUUAUUGCAGGAUAAGAUGUUUAAAAUAUAGCAUUAUGUUAUGAGCUCAAAGGUGGUGUUCUGGUGCUAGGGAUAAAGAUGUAUAUGUAUAUAAUUUCCCUUUUUUUAUCUGAAACUGCAGUUGAAUGUUGUUGAGUAUGGCACAUAUGACAAAAUUAACCUUGAAUCUGAUUUUAUUUUUAAGGAAAAUGGAUGCAGCUGACAGUGUUGAGACAACACCUUUUUUUCUUGCUAUUUCACAAUCUUCUCUAAGAAAAAAAAGUAUUCAAAUUCAAAGAACAGAAUAGUUUUCUUGAAUUAAAAGACAAAAUAUUUAGAGGUUAUUUAAGGCAGUGUUCAUCACAGGUAUGGCUGUUAUAGUCCUACCUGCUAAUAUAAAGUUUUCAGUAUAGACAUUAAAUUGCACCUUUUAAUCAAUUCUUUAAAAAAAAAUCUAUACCAUACUAUAAACAUGCAUUUUCAAUCUGUAAGAAAGUAUAUAUGCAGUAUUUAACCAGAAAAAUAUGCUGCCACUAGAGUUUGGAGGUGGAUCUUCAGUUUACAGUGUAUACAUUUAAAAUAUGCAUCCCUUUAAACAAUGCUUUGUGUUAGCAUGCUGCAAAUCAAAUGGCGCUUAAUAUAACAAGCUGGUCUAGGGCUAUUUAAUGAAAAACCUGUUCAUAAAUGUUAUGCAUAUAAUGUGUACUUUUUUUACUUUUUUUAGUUGCUUCAUGUUUGCACACCGCUGUUCACAUGAUAAAUUGUAACUUUACUUCAUGCUAUAUUGUGGCUUUGUGUUUCAGAUAAUGUUCAUAUUGUUUUUGCACCAGAUGAGAAUCAGUUCCUUGAGAAUAAAUUUUUUUUAUAUUUCUAAACUUCAGAAAGUUAAAUUGGGAAAUCUCUUAGAAAAAUACGUGUUUUAUGUGGCUGUAAAAAAUGAUGUACACGCUGUAAAAUAAGAUUGUCACUGUUAUGUGGGAUUAUUAUUUCUAAAUGUGUUACUCAUCGUAAUGAGCAUACAAUAAAACGCAUCUCUUGCA